AUGGCAACUCUGGCGCGUUCGGAGUCUCAGGUUCAGGUACAUGCUGUUCUCACUACCAUCCUGUUGAAUGAAGAAGAAGAUUAUUAUGAAUGGGAAAUUGAUGGGAGAACAACUCAGAGAUACUCUACUGGAGAAGUAUACGCUCACCUUCGAUCGCAAGGACCUUCAGUGCCGUGGUACCACAUCAUCUGGAAUAAGAAAGGUAUCCCAAGACAUAGCUUCCUCGCUUGGUUAUUUGUGCUUGACAGAUGCCCGACGAGAGAUAGAAUUAUUAGAUGGGGACUCCAAUCCUCUCCGAUGUGCCUUCUCUGUAACUCAACUUCUGAAUCACGCGAUCACCUGUAUUUUGAUUGUCCUUUCUCUUGGGGAAUCUGGAGUGUAUUGGCAUCUCGAUGCGAUCUUAAUCCGGAACGCGAUUGGAGCAGAGUGAUGAACCAGUUGCUAGGGCUUAACCAUGGAUCGCCUAAAGGACACUUAACAAUUCUCUGCUGGCAAGCUUGUCUUUACUGGGUUUGGUCUGAACGUAACGCUCGCCUACAUAGGGACGUCUUCCGCUCCUCAGAUGCUUUGAUCUGCAAGAUUGAUCGCCAAAUUAGAGACAAGAUACUUUCUUUCAGAAAAACGAACCCAACCGUCUCCUCCGUAAUGAUGCAACAGUGGCUGCCUUGA